GCGGGGCGCCGGGGGCGGCCCCGGGAUUGGGGGCGGCGCCCUGGGAGCCGUGUGGCCGGCGUGCGCGCUCCGCCGGGGUCCUGGAGGCCGCUGGGCGCGUGCGCGGGCGGUCGCUACCAGCGGCCGAGCCAGAGAGCGAGAGGGCGCCGAGAGCAGCGGGCUUGGGCAGCAUGAGGCCCGGAGGGGAGCGGCCCGUGGAAGGGGGCGCAUGCGAUGGCCGCUCCGAGUUGGAGCUACUGAAGCUGCGCGCGGCGGAGUGCAUAGACGAGGCGGCCGAGCGGCUGGGGGCCCUGAGCCGCGCGAUCUGGAGCCAGCCCGAGCUGGCCUACGAGGAGCACCAUGCCCACCGCGUGCUGACGCACUUCUUCGAGCGGGAGCCGCCCGCGGCCUCCUGGGCAGUGCAGCCUCACUACCAGCUGCCCACGGCCUUCCGCGCCGAGUGGGAGCCGCCGGAGGCCCGGGCGCCGAGCGCCACGCCACGCCCGCUGCACCUGGGCUUCCUCUGCGAGUACGACGCGCUGCCCGGCAUCGGCCACGCUUGCGGCCACAACCUCAUUGCCGAGGUCGGGGCGGCGGCCGCGCUGGGCGUGAGGGGGGCCUUAGAGGGCCUCCCCAGGCCGCCUCCGCCAGUGAAGGUAAUUGUCCUGGGAACCCCUGCAGAAGAAGAUGGUGGUGGCAAAAUUGAUUUAAUUGAAGCAGGGGCUUUUACAAAUCUUGAUGUUGUUUUUAUGGCCCAUCCAUCACAAGAGAAUGCUGCUUAUCUACCAGAUAUGGCUGAACAUGAUGUGACUGUGAAAUACUACGGAAAAGCAUCUCAUUCUGCUUCUUAUCCCUGGGAAGGAUUAAAUGCAUUAGAUGCUGCUGUGCUGGCCUAUAACAAUCUAUCUGUGUUCAGACAGCAAAUGAAACCAACCUGGAGAGUUCAUGGUAUAAUAAAAAAUGGUGGUGUAAAACCCAAUAUUAUUCCCUCUUAUUCUGAAUUAAUCUAUUACUUCCGUGCACCCUCAAUGAAAGAACUUCAAGUUUUGACCAAAAAGGCAGAAGAUUGCUUCAGAGCUGCAGCUUUGGCUUCAGGGUGCACAGUGGAAAUUAAAGGUGGAGCACAUGAUUAUUACAAUGUUCUUCCCAAUAAGAGCCUAUGGAAAGCGUAUAUGGAAAAUGGAAGAAAGCUAGGGAUAGAAUUCAUUUCAGAAGAUACAAUGUUGAAUGGCCCUUCAGGAUCUACGGAUUUUGGAAAUGUUACUUUUGUGGUUCCUGGAAUUCAUCCAUAUUUUCACAUUGGAUCUAAUGCCUUGAAUCAUACUGAACAGUACACUGAAGCUGCUGGGUCACAGGAAGCUCAGUUCUACACUUUGCGGACGGCCAAAGCUCUGGCAAUGACGGCACUGGAUGUUAUUUUUAAACCAGAGUUACUGGAAGGAAUCAGAGAGGACUUUAAACUGAAACUUCAAGAACAAUUUGUAAAUGCAGUAGAAUAAAAGGAAGACUUAGAGGCCACUUAUAAAUCAAGAAGACGUGAUGAUUUUUUUCUUUUAAUCUCUUUUAAUGAAGGCAUGCUUGUUUUUUAAUCUUAAAGGAGUAAAAUUCUUUUUACCGGGUAAGUGAGGACAGGGUGUGGAGAAAACAUAUUACCUCACAUCUAAAGUGAAAAUUUUUGCAAAUCCAUACUCGAUAGGAUUAUGAUAUUACAGGAGCUGAUAUGUGAUGCCAUUCUUUCUUUUUUUUUUCCCCCACAACCACUCACCUUCACAGUAGUGAUACCAUUUCUUAACCUGGAGGAUACAUGGCAUCAUUUUUAUAAAAUAUUUUAAUAAACCUUUUUAUAAGCCUUAAA